CAACUCAGACAUUGAAGUCGUGUUUCACCAUGGAGGGAAAUUUGAGAAUAAUGGGACAUUUGGAUAUCACUAUGGUGAAACCACAACUUUAAAAAUAGACUCUGAUCGAUGGAGUUAUUUUGAAAUAUUAAGCAUUCUAAAGGAGAUGGGUUAUAGGAAUGUAAAGGACUUAUGGUAUUCAUUGGAUUGUGGUCCUGUAUUAGAAGAUUGUUUGGAACCUUUAUUAGAUGACAAGGGUGCUUGUCAUCUGAUCAAUAUUGCUAUGUUGAAUGGUGAAGCUCACCUUUAUGUUGCACAUAGGGUGUGUGAACCUGAGUAUCUUCUGCAGUUGGAAUACUUUUCUGAACCCCAAAUUAAUAGACCUAGUGGUGAAGGACAAGUUGAGAGAGAGUGUGGUGAUUUACAAGUUGAUAGACCUAGUGGUGAAGGAGAAGUUCAGAGAGAGAGUACUGAAAAGCAAGUUGAGAUAGAGGUUGGUGAAGCAGAUGUUGAGGCAGUGGGUGAAACAGAGGUUGAGACAGUAGCACCUGAGGUAGAACCUGAAUCAGAAGUUGAGCCAGAAAUGAUAGAAGUUGAGGUUGAUGUAGUGGCUGAUGUAGAGGCUAUGGUAGAAGUUCAGACAGAGGCAAUGAUUGAUGUACAACCUGAGGUAGAACCUGAAUCAGAAGUAGCCCUAGAAAUGAUUGAAGUUGAGGUUGAUGUAGUGGCCGAUGUAGAGGAUGUCGUAGAAUUACAAUCAGAGCUAGUGGAGGAUGUUGGUGUGGAGGCACAGGUUGAGGUACAGCAUGAUGGUGUAGAGGCACAGGUUGAGGCAGAGAGUGAUUCAAAUGCUGAGGGAAACAUGGCUGUUGGUGUGAAUGUAGACGGGCAGUCUGAUGUGGAGGGGCAGGCAGAAGAAGAGGGUGAGGUAGAGGGUAAUGGAGUAGAAGCUGAUGAGUAUGAUGUUAGAAGUUGGAAUGGGUCCGAAGAGGAUGUAUUGAUUGACCAUGGAGAUGAAGUGGGAUUUGAUAUAUUUGAAGCUACUAAUGAAGUUGAAUUUGGUGGACCUAGGGGUUUAUCUGAUAGUGAUUGGGAAUCUGAGAGUUUGAACAGUGUUGUGGAAAGUGAUAACACAGAUGAUGACAAGGAUGGGUAUGGGGAUUUUGGUGUUUUUUCAAUACCCAAAACUAUGGAACAAUAUAAAUGGGAAGUGGGCACGUACUUCAAUGACAAAAAAGAUUUUACAGAAGCUAUAAGAUCGUAUGGAGUAGAGAAUGGUAGAAAAUUAAAAGUUUAUAAAAAUGACAAAAGAAGAGUGCGUGUCAGAUCUUGUGGGGCAAAAGGGAAAUGUCCUUGGAAUGCAUAUUGUGCAUAUAAGGCAGCUGAAAAUACAUGGCAACUAAGGAAAAUUGUAGACAACCACACUUGUAGUAGAGAAUUUAACAUCCGUUUAAUGACUUCAAAAUGGUUGAGUGGGAGGUUAGAGAAGACUAUAAAAUAGAAUCCGAAUAUUAAUCUGUAUAACCUCCAUAACAAAGUUUCUAAGAAGUGGAACAUUGGUGUUUCUCGGUCCACAACCUGUAGGGCAAAAGCAAUGACUUUUAAACAAAUAGAAGGUGAUUUUAAAUAACAAUAUAGAAGAGUGUAUGACUAUGCCAAUGAGUUGCUUCGGUCAAAUCCUGGUUCAACUGUCAAAGUUCAUGUUGAACCUAAUGAGGACACUCCAAUUUUCAAGAGACUAUAUGUGUGUUUGAAGGCCUGCAAGGAAAGCUUCGUGUCAUGUAGGCCUAUUAUAGGUUUGGAUGGUUGUUUCUUAAAAGGAAAAUUUGGAGGUGAGUUGUUAACUGCAGUAGCAAGAGAUGGGAAUGACCAAAUGUGUCCUUUGGCAUAUGCUGUUGUGGAGGUGGAGAAUAAGGACAGUUGGGGUUGGUUUCUACAUUUGCUCAUUGAUGAUCUUGGUGGUGUGGAGAUUUCUUCAACCAUCACAUUUAUGUCAGAUCAACAAAAAGGACUUUUACCAGCAUUACAAGAACUUCUCCCUGGUGUGGAGCAAAAGUUUUGUGUGCGCCACAUCUAUGCUAAUUUCAGAAAGAGGUUUCCUGGCCAUAUUCUAAAACGUCUACUAUGGAAGGCAGCAACAUCAACACACCCUUAAACAUGGGAAGCAGUGAUGAGAGAAGUUAAAGAGGUGAAUCCAGAUGCCUUUAAAUACUUAUUAGCCAUUCCACCAAGGUCUUACAUUGCCUGGUAGACCAAAAAAGAAGAGAAGGCUAGAGGCUUGAGAGCUAAAGAAAGAUGACACACAACUCAAGCAAAAUGGAACUCGUAAGAGAUGUUCCAUAUGUAGACAACUUGGUCAUAAAAGAAAUAGUUGUCCACAAGCUCCUCCAGCAAACCAAAGUCAAUAUCAAUCAACUCAGCAACCUG